AUGGGAACGUUUACAUCGAAGAUGAAGUUUCAAUUGCAUUUAAAUAACUAUCCUGAAAAAUGGAAUGAAUUGUUCGCAGCAGAACUAGGACACAAGUGGCCUUGGCUCCUGGACUGUUACGGCCGACGUUCCAAGGCAUUCGUCUCGCCUCGAAGGCUCCGUCAGCCAAGCGGUCUUGGGGUGAACCGCGCGUCUGGUUGCAGUGUUGAUCACAGUAGCCAGCCCCCUUACACCACCCAGGUUCUUACCUUGGAGGAUCGUAUGCCUGAGCGAGAAAAUGUCGACAAUGUCGAAGACUUCAAAUACGUAAAGUGGCUACGGAACCAUCUCAAAACCGUGGAUGCUUGGCCUGUUCACAGUAAAUCUAAAAGAAAGAUACAGAAACGUUACGUUUUGCCAAUAUUCUCUGCUGCUUGCUUUAUAUCUCAAACAGUUUAUCUUAAAAACGGCAUUGGGACGCUGAGUUUUGUCGUACUUGUCCAUUCGUACAUAUGUUUCUUAAUAAACGGUUCUUGUUUAUGCAGGGGGAUUCUAAUAGCAACGGAAAGAUAUAAAAGACUAGCAACAUGCUACCUUAAGACAGUCCAUCUUUUUCAUCAUAAAAACAGAUCGGAGCAUGCUAUGAAGAUCCACGUCAUAGUACACAGACUAUCUCAUUACUACACGAUUUACUUGAUAUCACUCGUUUUUGUCGGAAUGGUAUUAUUCAACUUCAUGCCGAUUUACAACAACAUAAAUUCCGGAGCGUUCAAGAGUCCUCGUCCUGAGAACGUGACAUUUCAGCACGCAAUGUACCUUGCCCUACCGUUCGAUUACACCACUAACAUCAAGGGUUACUUCGUUGUGUUUAUACUCAAUUGGUAUAUUUCGCUGGUAACGACCUCACAUUUCUGUACAUUCGAUUUGUUCAUUUCCCUAAUGAUAAUACACCUGUGGGGACAUAUCAAAAUAUUGAUGUGCAGCUUGGAGGAUAUCGAGGGAUUCGUACCGGGGAGUAGCUUCAAAUUCACGAUAGAGCAAAAUCGAAAAAUAUAUUUAAUCUUACAAGAAUGUAUUCGACACCAUCAAUUCACGAUUGACUUCACGAACGAGAUGUCCAGCACUUUUGGUCUCGUCAUUCUUUUUUAUUACUUUUUUUAUCAAGUCAGUGGAUGCCUAUUGUUGCUUGCAUGCUCACAAAUGGAUAUAGAAUCACUGUCUCGUUUCGGACCUAUGACAUUUAUAUUGUUCCAACAGCUGAUUCAACUUUCCAUUGUCUUUGAACUAAUAAGUUCCUUGAGUGAGAACCUACCGAACGCUGUAUACAACGUGCCAUGGGAAUUUAUGGAUAAAAACAACAGGAAGAUGAUACAGGUGCUAUUGCUUCAGUCACAAAAACUUAUCCAAUUUAAAGCCACAAGCAUGAUGAACGUUGGAGUACAAGCAAUGGCGACGAUAUUGAAGACGUCCGUUUCUUACUUUAUUAUGUUGAGAACUAUGUAUCAAGAGCACUAAUUGUAAUACAUAACGAUAUAAUGUUGUAAUUUUGUGCGCACUACAUAGUCAAUUUUUACUUAGCAAAUUGUCUAUAACCGACGCCAUCGAAGGAAUUAAAAAGGUUAUAAAAUGCUCAUAAACUAUUUGCGCAAAGCUAAGUCGAUUCGUUGUUUCACUGUUGCAAAAAAUUACACAAACACCCUUCCGCAUCUUAAUGUUGUUAUAAAUGCAUAUCAAACUGUAAUAUAUAUUAAUAAAUACACUGUGUACAAAUUACAUUUUAAAAUAUGAACACGAAAAUAAAUUAAGAUUCGAAGUUGAA